AGAGAAGGGAAGGGCCGUGGCGGUGCCGUUGGCCGCGCCGUGGCGCUGCGGCGUCGCGAAGGCCCGUGCCGUCCGGUCCCGACCCGUCCCGGCUCGGCUCGGCCGGGCGGUGCGUGCGUGGGGGCCGGGGCCGCGGCGGGCAGCGGGGCCGCAGCUGGGGAGGAGUGCAGGGCCGCGGCGGGAGGAGGCGGCGGCGCUCUCUCUCCGGCGGGACAAAGGGCUGUGGGCGCGCAGCCGCGGCCCAGAGCCCGCCCCGGGAGCUCCCCUCAGCAGGCGCUUUCCGCCGCAGGAGCUAUGGGCCGGCUGCCGCGCUAGGAGCAUCCCCGGCUGGAGGGGCGAGGAGGAAAGCGGCCGCUGGUCCCCUUCCCCCGGCGGGGGCUGCGCGGGGCUGGAGAUGGAGCCGGCGGCGCGGCCGAGCGGGGAUAUCCUGAGGCGGAACCCGCAGCAGGACUACGAGCUGAUCCAGCGGGUGGGGAGCGGCACCUACGGCGAUGUCUACAAGGCUAGAAAUCUUCAUACGGGCGAACUGGCUGCUGUAAAAAUAAUCAAGUUAGAGCCUGGAGACGACUUUUCAUUGAUACAACAGGAAAUCUAUAUGGUUAAAGAAUGCAAACAUUGCAACAUUGUCGCCUAUUUUGGGAGCUAUCUCAGCCGUGAAAAGCUGUGGAUAUGCAUGGAAUACUGCGGUGGGGGAUCCCUCCAAGAUAUUUACCAUGUAACAGGCCCUCUGUCAGAGUUACAAAUUGCAUAUGUAUGCAGGGAAACUUUACAGGGUCUUGCUUAUUUGCAUAUGAAGGGCAAAAUGCAUAGAGAUAUCAAGGGUGCAAAUAUUCUACUAACAGACCAUGGAGAUGUCAAAUUAGCUGACUUCGGUGUAGCAGCAAAAAUAACAGCCACCAUUGCGAAGAGGAAAUCAUUUAUUGGUACCCCUUACUGGAUGGCCCCAGAAGUCGCAGCAGUGGAAAAGAACGGUGGAUAUAACCAGCUCUGUGAUAUCUGGGCAGUUGGCAUAACGGCGAUUGAACUUGCAGAGCUUCAGCCACCCAUGUUUGAUCUUCACCCGAUGAGGGCUUUGUUUUUAAUGUCAAAAAGUAAUUUUCAACCACCGAAGCUAAAGGAAAAAGCAAAAUGGUCAUCAACAUUCCAUAAUUUUGUCAAAAUAGCACUUACAAAAAAUCCAAAGAAGAGGCCAACAGCAGACAGACUCCUUUCUCAUAGCUUUGUAGGACAGCCUGGUCUUUCAAGAUCUUUAGCGGUUGAGCUGUUGGACAAAGUUAAUAAUCCUGACAACCAUACACACUACAGUGAAGUUGAUGAUGAUGAUUUUGAGCCUCACUCCGUUAUCCGCCAUACAAUUCGUUCUACGAACAGGAACAUUAGGGCAGAAAGAACGGCAUCGGAGAUAAACUUUGAUAAGCUGCAGUUUGAGCCCCCUCUACGGAAAGAAACAGAAGCUCGGGAUGAAAUGGUGGUGGCAGCUGGCACUGACUUUGCUUCACAUUGGAAUCCUUUUGUUGAUGGUGGAAGCAGCAAGGGACUGCUUACAAAAUUUGGCGAUGGGAGUGAAGAUGUUGAAGAAUCAACACUAAAGCGAGCAGGGCCACCUCCGCUACCUCCCAAGCCGAGAAUAAACAGUUAUCCUGAGGAAAACCUCCCAGAUGAUGAGAAAUGUCAGACAAUAAAACAUUUCCCAGACUCGCAGAACAGCCCGCCAGCUCACAGGAGACAAAGUAUUCCUGUUUGUGGGCCUCAGACUGAUUCUUGCCCCGUUGGUAUGACCAGCAGCAUCAGUAGCCCUGGAUUGCUCACAGCUAGAUACAGCGACUUAGGAAAUGGGGAUGGCAUGCUAAAACUCAUUGAAGAAAAUGCAGAAGGGUCUGGACAAAUCCCUCAGCUGCCACGUAAAAAAGAGAAAAGAGAUUUUCCUAAGCCAGCAAUCAAUGGUUUACCACCAACGCCGAAGGUGCUGGUAAGAAAUCUCAUUUGCAGCAGGAGUUAUUGGAAGCCUGCUGUCAUGGCAUCUCUAGUGUCAGGAGGUUUAUGCUAGAAUAAGCC